ACAAGCUUUGCGGUGGUCGUAAUACUCCACAGUGCACCAGAGCUUCCUGGUCAGAGCCGAACCGUUGUUAAGCUCAUUUCGUUGUUAUUUUCUGGAAAUUUGGUACAUAAGAUAUUUUUAAAAGUUUGGUCGUUUGCUCUUUUUUCCGGCUUAAAAUAAGCUAUUUUACGUGAUAUCUCACGUCUCAGUCAUUUUUUCUCGCUUCAAGCUAUGUUACAGUAAACUAUUUACAACUAUUUCGAACCUACAUUCGUUGAAAAUACUGAUUUCGUGUACUUCGUCCCGUGCUUUUGUUUCUAGUAAAUUGCCAAAACCAAUUUCAACUGCUCUUCUCUUUAAAAGCUCGAACUUCUUAUCCUUUGGACGGGAGUACGAGGCUUACUGCUCCUUUGACUUCCAUAACACUCUCUGUCGCAUUCGUUUGGCAUUCAAACGUCUUUUGCCCUCUUCACAACGCUCAACUAGCCCUUUGAAGCAUUCUUUCUGUGUUUGAACAGUCUCAUCCUUACUAAAGAACAAAUUAUUUCCCGGCUAUAUUCAUCCUUUUGCCCAGGUCUUGUACUUGUCCCUUCUUUUCCCAGCCAAUUGCCUUAGAAUAUGUCUAUUUUGUCCAUGGAAAACUCGACUCUUGAUGUAAACACAGCUGAUGUCAAACCGUAUUCUUCCCGUCCUUCUCCCAGUCGAACAAUGACUAUUCUGCGCAAGGGUUUUGCUCGCUCAUUCAGCCGGAGCUCUACAUCUUCUGAAAGGCCAGCGAAACCCGAGAAGCCCGAGAAACAAGAGAAACCUAAAAAGGAGAAGACCUCCUUUGCUCAUCGUCACUUUCGCCGCAGCAAGCGGAAAGAACAUCGCCUUGAAUCGAAUUCUCCUUUGACUGCUCCUGCCUUAACAAUUGAUGAAGUUGACGAAAAAUCGACGAAUGUUGACCCCAAAGACGACUUUGUGCCCACUUGCGCUACCGCCCAGAAUGCUAAGCUUCACCUUGCUCAGGCACGCUCUUGCAGCCCGCAGAAAAUGCACAAUAGUGAGGCUUGCUGUAGAUUGUCUGGUUCCCUAAAUUCUCGAGACGCAAAACCCGUCCCUCCUGCUGCAUCGCCUACCAUACCUUCAUCACUGUCUUUUCAAUCCAUACGCAAUCUGAAGCGACUAACCCUACGGAGCCGCAAGCCCUCUUAUAACAGCUUGCGGAGUGUUGAGACAACAAGUGAAAGCAAUUCCAUGCUGUCUGUUGCGACCUACACCCAAGGUGUGGAUGAUGUGUCUCCUUCUUCCGAACAUAAACACUGUUGUUGUGACGAAUCGCAGGAUACACUUAUUGUCCAGUCGCCAGCGUCGACAAUGUCUUAUGCACCAUUCUCUUCGAGAAACUCCCGCUUAUCUGACUCGGAUUCUCUUCACAAGCGUAGCGCAGACUACCCACGAUCCAGCUCCCACAUGUCAUUCACAAAACCCGCCAGCAAUCAUUCUUCCUCCGCAUCUCCAGAACCUUCCCAAAAUACACCCACGUCCGCCACACAGUCAAAACCUUGGAAAAAAAGAAGAAACCGCGCGCGAAGCUCUACAAUUCCAUCACAACGCAGUUUGGAAAAGCUCCGCGACAAUCGGAUAAGUAUUUUUAGCUUCCGAAGCUUACGAAAAGAGGGUGAAGAAUGUCUAAAUCAUGCUUUGGAAGAGUCGGGCCUGCUUUAUGAUAUUAACUCUUAUCCCACACGCGGUUCAGAAGGCAGUAUUGAUGCGCCGAAACCUCUUGACGAUGAGACAGCAGAAUCGUACCUCGAGCGUGUUCGCAAGUCCGUUCCUCCUUGUCACAUUUCUAGUGCAUUGGCACAAAAAGAUUAUGCUUUGUAUCGUCAGGCGUUGGAUUUACAGAUGAAGGAAUUUAACUUCACCGAUAUGCCUAUCGACAUUUGUCUUAGACAGUUUUUAUUAAAAGCCCACUUACCAAAAGAAACACAACAAAUUGAUCGAGUGAUUACAGCUAUCUCAGAACGCUUCUUUGAGUGCAACCCCGACAUGUUUUCCUCUCCUGACAAAUGCUAUAUCCUUGUCUUUUCGUUAAUUAUGCUGCACACCGAUGCAUUUAACGUUAACAACAAACACAAAAUGACAAAACCAGAGUUUGUACAGCUCUGCAAGAUGGACGGUCUAAUGAAUGAAGUAAUGGAAUACUUUUAUGACAACAUCACAUACACACCCUUUGUGAACUUGGAAGACGAGCUAUUAUCAGAACGUGAAAAGUCUGAAUCUCGUCAGAGCCCCCUUCAAGCCUCGUUAAAAAAGAGUCGAUUUGCUCUUUAUCCAUACAUGUUUAUUCUCGAGAACAAAAUGGAUUUGCUGCGUUCGGGUCUUUCGCUGUAUCCGUUUAAGCACACAUACUACUGUUACAAGAGUGAUCCACAAUUGGAGCUGGAGUUUAUUCGUAACAAAAUUGCUAAUCCAGCAAUUCUUCAAAUUGUGUCUGAACGCUCUCAUCCAAUGGCGUUUUCCGGCCAUUUUCGAGGAUUGCCUGACAACGCAGACCCAGGCAUGGUAGACAUCCAUGUUGCCUCUCUCGAUACUCUUCUCUAUUCCGACAGAAAACGCAAAUCAUUCUCUACAUCUUUUCUCAAAGAGGGUCUUGUGAUACUAACGACCUCACAGCUAUAUCUGUUUCGUAACAUGCGCUGGGCUCGAAAGUUACAAGCUCAGGUGAAAAAGUAUGAAAGCAACAAAAGCAAGACGAAACCGCCGAACAAGCAGCGAUUCUAUCGCUUUAUAACGAAUCACAGCGACUCCACACUGUCGAUCAACAGCACGCAUGCACCGUUGAAGACCGACGAAGUCGCUCCUCUUGUGUUCAAGCCGCCCGUCAGUAACUUCAACCCGGAUAGUGCGAUUUCAUUGAUCAAUGCUUUUGCUUACACUCGUUCAGACAAUUCAGAACUUCCACGCAACUCGUUCAUCGUUCUCCUACGCGAUGGCUCCGAGGAGGUGUUUGUCGCGCGCUCAAAGGAAGAAAUGUUUGAUUGGAUUAAUCGGAUCAAUUACAUUGCUACAUUGCGCACCGCUGGUAUUCGUGUUCCUGUAAAAGGUGAUCGCUCUUGGGGCACGAACCGAUACGAAUAUCUUACAAAUCCGCAGGAUGCUGCGGAGCUUGUAGCGAUGGAGCAGCAAAUGUAUCGUGAUGUAGAGUUCGCUCAUAUUCGCUCCAUCAAAGAACGCAUUGGGCAAAUAAAGUCAUCACUACAAGACAGAAAAACCAGUCUUCUGUCCCACAAGCGGAAUGCUAUUCAUCUUUCCUUCUGUACGCCUUUGCAAUCAAAAACUCGGGCUCUUGUUCAGGAAGCCGGUAAAAAGCUUCAGGAGUCGGUGCGAGCAGACCAUUUUGAAAUUCUGAAACUGCAAUGUCAGUUGAACAUCUUGCGAUGUGAAUUACAACAUGCUGCUGACCGCUUAGAUGACCUGUCGUUGCCCAGCGAUUGUAGCAUUCAUGAUGCGGAAGACGAAGCAAACUUUACUACAUUUUUUGAGGACCAGCCUUAUCCUAGAAACUCUUCUUCGAGUGCCACUUCUUCGGCACGAAAUUCACGGUCGGAAGAACGACGUGGCAAACUACAGUCUGUAAACACUCUGUCCGAGGCUGACUUGAUGAAACAAGAGGAACAGGCAAACGGUGAUAGUGCUAUGCCCUCCACGUCUACUCUUGCUCCCGUCUCUUCUGAAUGUUCAGUCAAUACCGUUGUACAAACGCGUCCGAAGAAGCUUCAUCUGGAGAUUAGAAGUCGUUCCUCCAUCUCCAGCAGCAGUGGAUGCAGUCUAAAUGACAACUCUAAUCUUGUUGCUACGCACGUCGAGUGUUGGCAUCCUGAUUAUGAUGCGAGUCGCACAAUGCCGUAUCGUCGGUCCCGUACAGCAGAGCUGCGUUCCAAGAGAGACUCUUUAUUUGUCAGAGACCGAAAGGGUACGGAAGAAUGGGUUCAACCUCCGUCGGAUGUUGAGUCUCAAUGGCACUCAGCAGCCGAAGAAAGUGAACUAGAGGAAGCGAACGGCGGUCGUUCUUGAUGGCAUGUGGUGUCGGUUUUUGCUCGUCAACAUUUUAACUACCUAUGGGAAAAAGAUCCUCAUUAUUUCUUAAGCAGAGAUAAAAAAGUUUUCCUCGCGCUAUUCUUCAUUGCCCUUCUGUCACUCUUUCUGUACUCCCAUCUCUCCUACCUUCUUCACCUUCCUAUAUCUAUUACUUGUCCCUCUCCUUAGCAACCCGUCAUCAUUGUCAUUCGUGCCUUCUCUCUUAAACCUUCUUCUACCACCCUUCCUCUCUCUCUCUCUCUCUCUCCCUUUCUUCGUCUUCCCUUACUACCCCUCUCUAUCCCUUACCUUUUACACUACUUACAUUAAAUACGAGCUCCCUUCCCUUCCUUCUCACCCAGUGUUUCGCCAUCCACUACUA